ACAGUCCAUGAAUCGCACAUAGGGCUAACCAUUUUAUUAUUUUCUAUACUUAUUAUUUAAUUGUAUUUAAAAUAAUAAAUACAUAAAGUGCCUAAAUCGUUUUGUAGAAAGUCAAUGAACAAUCGAAUAAAUGUGGGCAGUCUGGGACAACUAUGUUUGUAAUGUAAUUUUUUCACACAGUUUUAACUUAAACUUCAGAGAAUCACAUUUGAACAUUAUAGGAGUAAUUCCAUAAUUUAUUACGUAAACAAACAACGUCGGAAAUGGUUGAUAGCCAAAAUAUUGCAGAGAAACCUGUCGAUUUUCCUGAGACAGAUGUUUGCAAGAACUGUAAAUGUCUCAGCGAUCCAUACAAUAAACCAGCAUUACGCUGUAACGGAUGCUCAAAGAAAAUUCAUAUAGAAUGCUUAAAAAGAGGAACUGUUCCAGUAUCGUUUGUAGGAGAUGUAUUCUUUGAAUUUUAUUGUCAUAAUUGUAGUCCUUUCGAUGAAGAAACAGUAGCCCGUAACAGAAUGCCUUGGCUUAACGUUAUUGUAUUGACUUUGUAUAACUUGCGUGAAAAAUCAAGCGGUAUUAGUAAAAGGGGAUAUUUUCAUUGGAAAUCUGAUAUCAGUACGUUUGUUGAUCGUAAUUGGGAUUACUUAUUUAAGAAAACUGUUAAAAGGAAAAAGAACUGGAUCGGUACCAUAUCGGGAACUCUUUCUCAUUAUAGUGGAAUUUUUUUUAAAUCAGGAACAACAGAAUUAGGAGAGUCUGGUUGGUGGAGGUUGAUAGACAACGAUCCACCCGAAGUUCUCAUUGCUAAAAACGAAAAGAUGAUUUUGGAUCGUAAGAAACAAGUUGGUAACCAAGUGAAAUCAACGAAUCAAUUUCACCAUAGUCCAACUCUGUCGGAAUCAAGGAUUUCAGUUGGCGAAGAUUGUAUUAAUGGAAACGACGUCGUUAAAACUCAAGGAUGUUCCGCGUAUUCUGAAGCUUAUGUACAACCUAACAAGACGUUAUUAGAUUUCUUGCUCGAGGAGGAUGAAUUAAGUAAUAUGGAAAUCGAAGAUAAUACGAUACUUAACGAGCAAAGCGAUACACCAUCCUUAUCCGAUUUAAUAAGGGACUGCCAGUAUCAAACAAAUGGCUUUCAUUUUUCCCAAUUACUGGACGAUUUUACAUCCGAUUGGACGUCUAAUACAGAUGUUGCUUCUGAAACUAUCGCUAAUAUUAACAUAGAUCGGAUAAAGGCAGAAGAAGAAGAGGAUGAAGAUGAAGAUGAAGAUGAAGAAGAAGAAGAAGAAGAGGAAGACGAAAAUGAAGAAGAAGAAGAAGACGAGAACGAGGAAGAAGACAAACACAGAGAAGGAAGUAACAAGAGUCCGGGUUCUAUUCAGGAACAACCACCUACUUCUUUAUUCAAUGUGAUAAAACGGCGUCCAUGGCCCUGGCAAAGAAAUCAUAUUAUUGUAGAAAAGGUUCCACGUAUGACGCAUCAAGAGGAAACAUAUUUAUUACAACAAAUAAAUAAAUCUGCUCUGAAUUCCGCAGCCCCUGAAAUUAGACGAUUUUAUAGAAAGUUAACUGUACGAAAAUUAAAACGGGAAUAUGGUUUACCCUUACUGGAUAUUGAUCAUUAUGGAUGUAAAGCAGAAAUACCUGACAGACCUUUAAAAGAAUUUGGCAGGGUAUUGGACAGAUUUUUUGGCGACGACUUGAGUUCAUUCGAACAAAGAUUGCAAGGUUAUAACGAACCUUCAUCUGUACAUAGUCCAUAUACGAAUAGACUUUUGAAACCGUUUAUACGAAGAGAUACUUCAUGUCGUCCUUUAUGGCUAAGAGUAAUGGAAGAACUUUGCACCAAAGCGAAUAAAUUGAAUCCAAUGUGGAAAUUGCCGGCAACGGCACCAAUCGAUUACUCUUAUGUCAGACCACAACACAUUCCAGCGAUUAAUAGUCUAUGUAGUCAAUUUUUUUGGCCUGGUAUUGAUUUAACCGAAUGUCUACAAUAUCCUGACUUCAGCUGCGUCGUUUUGUACAAGAAAUUAGUCAUAGGAUUUGCAAUUUUAGUUCCUGAUGUUGGUUACAAUGAAGCGUACAUUUCAUUUUUCUUAACCAGGCCUGAGUGGCGUAAAUCUGGCAUAGGAACGUUUAUGCUUUAUCACUUGAUUCAAACAUGCAUGGGCAAAGAUGUUACGUUACACGUUUCGGCCACUAAUCCAGCAUUAAUUUUAUACCAGAAAUUUGGUUUCAAAGUAGAGGAAUUUGUUCAAGAUUUUUACGACAAGUAUAUGCCUCCAAAUUCACGGGAAUGCAGACAUGCAUUGUUUUUACGAUUGAGCAGAUGAAUUCGAAUCAACUUCUAAUAAUAUAAUAUAUUUGUUACACAUAUGUGAAACAUGUGAUAUGUAUUAUAAACCGUAACGUAUGUACAUAUAAGUUCAUAAGAAAUAAAUUCGAUGAGAAAAGCAUCGUUACGUUAUGCGUAGUCUG